CACUGUGUGUGGCGUAGCUGAUCUGGAGCUGAAAGAGUCAGCUGCUCUCUCAUUUUUCCUUUUCUCCCUGAAGGGUUUUCCUUUCUCUCUCUCUCUCUUUUGCAUUCUCUCUCUCCCUCUCUCUCUUGUUCUGAGAUGCGCAGAUGAGCUGUUAACUGAAGCGAAAAGAGAGCAGCAGCAGUAGCGGCAGCAGCAGCAGUGUAAGCAGUAAUAGAAUUGGCUGUGGCAGUGGCACAGAGAACGGGGCUAUCGCCACUGAUCCACCCGAGGGAUUCUGUGCUGUCUUCCCAGUGCAAACAGAGCUCAGGAGAGAGGGCACUGUAGAGCGGGCACGGUCGUUUGUGCAUCUACCAUGCCAGCGUCCUGUGCCAGCCUGCCAGCACCCAUGAAGCGGACUGUUUGUUCCCCUGAUCUCUCCCUCAUCAAGGAUGAGAUAGAAGAGGGGAUUGAAAAAGACAAGAAGAGGAGAGGAUCUGGGUCUGGGAUGGACUCAAAGCCAAAACCAGCAAGAAAAAGAGUUGAACAACCACAUAUUCAGAACAAGACCAAAGAUGCAGCAGAACACGCUCUCAAGGUUGAUGAGAGACUGCGUCUGGCCCGAGAGCGCAGGGAGCAACAGCAGAAGCAACUUGCCUCGCGGGAGCAGGGGUGGCUGGCCAGGGAGGAGCGCGCCAAACGCCACUAUGAGAAGCACCUGGAGGAGCGCCGGCGGAGGCUGGAGGAGCAGAGGGUGAAGGAGGAGAGGAGGAGGACGGCUGUGGAGGAGAAGAGGAGGCAGAGGCUCAAUGAGGAGAGGGAGCGCUAUGAGCAGGUGGUGAAGAGGACCAUGGAGAAGAGCCAAAAGGCCAAGCAAAGACUCAGCCAGCUCUCCAGACGAGCAAAACUCAAUGCCAACAAGGCUCCCCGCUGUCGGCCUCUGACUGAGUGGGAAAAGGACCUGGUCAGGCGCCUGCAGACCCCCACCAUUGCCCAGCUGGCACGCAGCAGGAGUGUGGGCGCGUCAGUAGCAGACGCAGUUCUUCAUUGUUGUCGUCGUUCAGCCUCAUGUCACCAGGUGCGGUCCAGCUCUGCUCAUAAGGUGGAGUCAUCUGAUGCCAACACCCUCCGCAAAACACCAGCAAUUAAACCCCAUAACGUUACACAUCGUAAAACCACAAAGCCAGAACAGUGCAAACAGAAAUUAGUCAGCCCAGUUCAGAAGAGAAAUUCCCCGAAGAAUCUGAAGACUCAGAUUCAGGCUGUCUCAGCAGUGAGACCGAGUCCACCCCCAGAUCCCCCACCUGACAGGCCUGUUAUCCGUGCGGUGACCAGACGUCCUGCUCCACAGCUGGAGGGGCUUCUUCCACCCCUUCCAGAGGAGGACCCAGACCCUGGACCCCAAUGUGACACACCACCACGGGAUGGGGCUUCUGUUGGUGGAGACAUUGUGGAUGGAGUCCCACAGCAACAGCGGAUGGAAGAGGGCCAUCUAGACACGCCACCUCCUAGCCCAAACAAGUGUCCAGCACCUCCUGUCCAACUCGGUUGUGGCAGCCAAAGUGUCCAGCCUCCUCCAGCAGCCUCGUCCAAUUGCAGCCGGUCCUCAGCGGGCACCACUGAUCCAGAGGAGGCCUCGCGGAUGCUGGCAGAGAAGCGCAGACAGGCCCGCCAGCAGAGGGAGGAGAAGAGGAGGGAGCAGUUUGAGAGGCAAGCACAGGAGGAGUUGGCACGUAGGCAGGCAGAGGAGAAUGCACGCCUACAGGCUGAAGCCCACCUGCGAUUGGAGGAGGAGAGAAAGAGGGAGGAGGACGAGCGAAAACAGAUGGAGGAGAAGAAACGGAGGGAGGAGGAGCAGAAACAGAUUGAGGAGGAAAAUGCCCGCCGGCUGCAGAGACAAAGGGAGGAAGAGGAGGCCCGUCAGAAAGAGAUGGAGCUGAAGCGACAAAGAGACCAGCAUUUCCAAAAGGAAGAGGAAGCGCGCCAGGAGAGGAAAAAGCGUCUGGAUGAGAUCAUGAAGAGAACAAGGAAAGCCGACUCUUCUGAGAGGAAACCUGCACCUGCCAGCACUGCUGUGAUAGAACCGCAGCCUAAAGAGAACACGGAACCCGUGGGGAACCACAGAGAGGAUGUGAUCCUGCUGUCUGGCCCGAGCCAGCCCAACAAGCUGGACUUGGAUCCCAGAGAGGACGUGGUUCCGUCAGUGACCUUCAAAGAGCGGCGUUCCUUGCGCACCCUCACAGGGUUGGACCACAUACAGUCUCAGCAGAGAGCUGAGGUCAUCUGAGCACUAUACACCUGGACUAGAAGAGGUCUAAGAAAACCUUUCACAUUUCCACCAAGGCUGAUGCAGAUAGCAUUAAGACCUGCACUUCAAGAGAGCACUUAAGAGAUAUUUCUACAAUAUCACUUGACAGACCUUCUGGUCAGCUUUAGAGUACUAACGUUAGUUUAGUCCUCUUGGUGGACAUAACUGCCAUUCACAAUAUUUUCCGUAGAGGCCUAGAUGAUAGAUUGCUUUAUAAGAUAUCCUUUCUACAUUUAACAUGUUAUUAUAUUUAUGUAAUAUGUGCUUGAAGCUGUUGUGUGUCACCGUUCAGGAUUUUACUUGCAAUGCUGCUACUUCUGCCUUAUCAGAACUAGACGUUUUGAGUUAUUUUCUUCCUCAAUGCUGGCUUAAGCUUUAUCCAUGACCUCACUCACUUUAAGUGAGACUCCUAUCACGUGUUGCUGCUGAAUCAUGUCAGUCCCCAAUGAGAUAUAUUUCUCCCCAAUCUAUCACCAAAUAUAGUCUCUGUAUCACUGACUGUUGUACUUGAUAAGUAGGAACGUUUCUGGCAGUCCCUUAUGUUAUCACUAAGCUACCUUCCCAAUGACACGUGCCGUGAGUUUAGUUUAUGCAAUACUAUCUAGUAUAAGGACAUUGAUAAUGACAUGGUAUGUAUACUGUUAUGGAAAAUCUUUUAUGA